GAAAAAAAACUACACCCCUCCCUCUCUCACACACAGUCAGUGUGUGUGUGUGUGUGUGUGUGUGUGUGUGUGUGUGUGUGUGUGUGUGUGUUUGACAGAGUAGAGAACGAGUCUGAAGAAACGAGGAAAAGUUCUCCAAGCAGCUCCGCGGAUCUGGUGUUUGUUUCUGUUUCUUUCGCGAACCUGACGCAGAAGGACGGAUCCGUGCGCAGAGAAUGUCGACUGCAUCUGUGAGCAGAUUGUGUGCGUUUUGGUGUUGUGUGUUUGCUGUCCUGCCCUUAACAACGGCUGAGGAAGCAGAGAAGCCGGCGGCCGGACGAAAGUCUCGUCAGGCAGAAGAGGAGGCGCUUGAAGGAGUGUGGGGUCCAUGGAGCGAGUGGGUGGAGUGUUCUCAGAGCUGCGGAGUGGGCGUGUCUGAGAGGCGGAGACAGUGUUCCCAACCUCCCCAAGCUCCGCCUCUUAUGUGGAACCGACCACCUUACAUUCCUCCGGGUGUCCCAAACAACACCCCUGUGAUCUCUGCGGUCAGACCCUACUACAACUCCUUGUAUCCCGUCAAUGAGCCCCCUCCAUAUGGAGCAGGGGGCGCUGAGAGGCCUCCUUACUUUUCCCCGCCUCUCCCAGCCAAUCCCAAUCCUGGAUUACCACUCUACCGAAAUGAAGCCGGCGGCGCUGGACCAGUGCAGUUUGGCCCACCCAAUCAGGAGCCGGUUUCAGUGUACCGUUCACCUUCCUCAUCUGCUUCACUUCCCUAUGGGAGAGUUCCCGCACGAUCGCCCAAUCACGGCAGAGCUGUAGGCAGUGGAAGCAGGAGGUCGGUUUCCACCAAUAGAGAUCCAGCGUCUGUAAGAAGGUCUAGUUCUUCUAUUCGUCCUGGACAGUUUGGGUAUGGCAGGGUUCCGUUCUCUCUUCCCUUACACAGACAAAACCGUCACGCUCGACACACACGCCGCCACAACACCACCUCCACAGACGGUCUCGAUGCUCUCAGUGUGAACUCCAGCGCACAUGUGGAUAAAACACAGGGAGAAGUAGAACAAAUGAUCACAGACACUGUUAAUAGAGAACGAAAUGAGAAGGAAAAGGAGACGGAGGCAGCAGACGUGGAGACUGAUGCUGCAGCCGAGAAAACAAGUGAUGGAGAGCGCGUGGAGAGAGUGCGGGAACAUGAGCGAAUCACACAUUCACGGCCCCUGACCCAGAGACACAGGGCCCACGACAGACGCGUCGACGGCCGAGCUUCUCGCCAAGUCCCACACUCCUACACACACACCAUCCAGCGAUCGCACACUCCCAGAGAGCCUCCUCCCUACAGCCUCCAGACUCCCACAAACCCAAACCCCGAACCCUGGGUGCUGCACAACGCCGGCCAGCCCUCCAGACACGAAGCCGAGAGGGACUGGAGGCCUCCAGCGGCGGCCCACAACUACAGAUGCUCUGGACGGGACACAGAGUACCGCAGGUGCAGCCUACAGGCAUGUCCAGGUGCUGCAGUAAACUCCAGGGCUGAGCAGUGUGCAGCGUUCAACAAUCAAGAGUUUAUGGGACGUGUGUAUGACUGGGAGCCUUUCACAGAAGUGGGUCUGGAGCAGCAGUGUGAGCUGACCUGUCGGCCGGUCGGGUAUCGCUUCUACGUGCGGCAGGCGGAGAGGGUACGAGAUGGAACGCCCUGCGCAAAUAACACACCCGAUGAUGUUUGUGUGGGAGGACGCUGUCUGAGCGAGGGCUGUGACGGCGUGUUGGGCUCUGGGUUGGUCCGGGAUCGCUGUGGCGUGUGCGGCGGGGGAGAUGGCACCUGCGAGAGGGUCACGGGAAGUUUCCUGAACACCAGCGUCCCACUGGGCUACCACAAAAUCCUGGACGUCCCGCCUGGAGCCACGGCCAUCAACAUCACUGAGAGACGAGCCAGUCCCAACUAUCUGGCUCUGCGCAGUGGAACAGGUCAGUCUGUGGUGAACGGACGCUGGGCGGUCGAUCCUCCGGGAGAGUAUCAGGCAGGAGGGACCACCUUCCUGUACAGCCGACCCAAAGCUGGGCCUCAAGAUCAGGGAGAAGAGAGAGGAGAAACCCUCACCGCUCCUGGACCCACAACAGCCCAGCUGCAGCUAUACAUUAUUUUCCACAGGCAGAAUCCAGGCAUAGACUAUGAAUAUUACAUCCCAGUGGAGAAACGGAGAGACGGAGAGAGAGAAGUACACAGAGAGAGAGAGCGAGGACGAGCGGCGCUCCGAGAAAUCAGUAGCGUCUCAAUGGCAGUGGAGAACCCUGUGGCUCCUCCUCCUGUGUUGUCUUCUGCCUCCUCACCUCCAUUUUCAUUCCCUUCCUCCUCAUCUUCCUCAUCGUCUUCCUCUGUAUCUGAUCGAUGGCCACAAGAGAGGCCCCGCCCACAGGGCUUAGGACCCAAUCGUAACGCUCGAAUCCCUCCAAGAACGGACCUCCCAUUGGACAAUCAGCCUGCGUUCAUGUGGCAAAGAGGCGCGCUGUCAGAAUGCACUGCUACCUGUGGAAAAGGCUCUCAGUACAGAGAGAUUGUGUGUGUGAAUCGACACACAGAACAGGAAGUCCAUGAGAGGAGGUGUGACUCCGCAACCAGACCUGCGUCAGAGGAGGAACCGUGUAACAUUCAUCCCUGUCCACCAUUCUGGGAUAUGGGUUCGUGGUCCGAGUGCAGUGUUUCUUGCGGCUGGGGUGUGCAGCAGCGUCACAUACAGUGCAGGCAGAGUUUUGGGAAUCGCUCAACCAUGGUUUACCCUCAGCGCUGCGCCAGUCUCACCCGUCCCAACGCCACGCAGCCCUGCCACCCACGCGUCUGCUCGCACUGGGAGAUCAGCACCAACUGGAGCAUGUGCUCAGUGGAUUGUGGAGUGGGAAAGAGAACCCGGAGCGUACGCUGUGUCAGUGACCAUGGCAACACUGUGAAUGACAGGGAGUGCAGUGACAGGCUCCGCCCACAGCGCACCGAGGACUGUCACAUGGGUCCUUGUGUCACUAACUGGUACUUCACAGACUGGACAAACACUUGCUCUGCGACAUGCGGGCCGGGCGUCCAGCGUAGAGAGGUAGUGUGUUUGACCGGCGGAGGCAGGAGAGAAGGAGACGGAGGAAUGGAGUGUGGGGGGGAGAAACCAGCUGAUAUGAAGGCCUGUAACGGGGGACCCUGUACACCCACCCACCUCUGGUACACCGGACCCUGGGGACAGUGUAACGCAGCGUGUGGAAACGGCACCCAGCGCAGGGACGUCAUCUGUGUGAAGAAGACAGGAAGUGACUUCACCGUGAGCACUGCCGACAAGUGCUCACACCUGGAGAAACCAUCUCCAGUGCAGCCGUGUGAACUGCAGCCCUGCAAACCACAGUGGUUCACCACUGAGUGGAGCACGUGCUCUCGGUCCUGCGGUGAAGGGGUGCAGACGCGGGAGGUGCGGUGUCUCACUGCAGACAAACAGUACAACGCAGCCUGCGAUCUGGACUCUAAACCUGUGCAUGAGCGCUCCUGCAACACCAUACCCUGCAGUCCCUUCGAAGAUGAGAACUGUAAAGACAGACGACAUAACUGUGUAAUGGUGGUCCAGGCUCGACUCUGCGUUUACUCCUACUAUAAGACCGCCUGCUGCGCGUCCUGCACCCAGAGUGCUCAGCGGGCCAAAAGACAUUAACCCUGCACAAGUCACAGAGACAUCAGGUUCAGAGAUUCACCACCAGAGCCAAAACUCAGCCAAUCAUAGUUCUAUCAGAGGAAACAGCCAAUCAGAGGCCAUUCAGGUUCAUAAGGAAUUUCAGGAGAGAAUUCCAACUUGAACUGAGCUGAGAUCAGGAUCCCUUUAAAGAGAAAGUUUUCAAAUGUUACCGCAUAUGGGCUCAUAGGCUCAAAUGAUUGACAGGAGCUCUUUCCCCAUUGAUGACGAGUGUUUAGUACACUAUACUGUCAAAUACUCAACCAUUCCUUAAAUCAUCUUUAAACAAAUGCACUGAAGUCGCAGGUCCACAUUCUGGACACGUGUAUGAAGAUAUUGCCAAGUGGGAACAAUUCUAGAAGUUGCCUUUGUGCUUUUGUCACACAUGAAGUAUUUCAUAACGGUUUACUUUAAUUGCAAGUAAGUGGAUACAGAAUCUGGUAUUUGAACUAAUAUUCUGCCUCAUUUGAUCGGUUUAUUUGUGCGACUUAAGUAUAAACAUGCAGAUAAAACAUUAAUUAAACACACAUCAAUUAAUGUGUGUCCUUCACUCCUAAGUAUGUUGCAUUAGCACUAAAAACAUACUGUUUUUGUUAGUAAAUAAAAAAGCUAAAUAUUUUCCAAUUAAAAUCAUGAAGAUACAUCAAAAUUACAUACUUAUUGCAUAAAACUUGUGAGCGGCGAUACAUUUUUACGUAAACAUUGAUCCUCCCCUCAGAAACAGUGCCUUUGGCCUUGUCUCAGUCCUCUAAAUGGUCCUUAAUAUAUCAGUACUUCAGCAAGGACAUAAAUAUUCCAGCAUAAGUGCUCAUGACUGUCUAAAAAUAGCACACUUAGUGCUGACAGUCAGUCCUACAUAUCAUAUUUGAGUGCAGUGUGAACAGAAAUCUGGAAAUCUACUAUGAAUCUAGUUCAUCAUUAAGCUAUAAAGAGAAGAUGAGCAUAAUGAUCAGCUCUCUUUAUUUGAUUCAGUCUUUAUUUCUUUAGGUUUUGUCUGAAUGUAUAUCAGUGCUUUUAGUGUUUCAUGUUUUUGUCCAUUUUUGUUUGUGUUUUUGGGCUUUAUUGUUAUUUCUGGCUGUUUUUAUUGGUUCCCACAUUGUAAAUUAAAGCAAUAUUUCGCCCAAAAAUAAAUGAAAACGUGCUCACCCUCAGGCCAAUCAAGACGUAGAUGAGUUUUCAUCAGGUUUGUAGAAAUAUGUGUCUGCAUCAGUGUCUCAGCAAUGGAUGCUCUGCAGUGAAUGGGUGCCGUCAGAAUGAGAGUCCAAACAGCUGAUAAAAACAUCACAAUAAUCCUCACCACUUCACCUUCAGUUAACAUCUUGUCCAUUAUUUCAGAUGUUUUAAGUUUUAAGCAUAUUUCUCUCCUGGUUCAGAUGAGGUGACUUUUUCACUAGAGGAAGGAUUAUUAUGGAUUAUGGACUUGUAUUUUAGCCGGAAGCAAUGGUUUGAAGUUAAAAUGUCAUCAUUCACAAGACAUUAACUGAUGGACUGAAGUGUUGUGGAUUAUUGUGAUGUUUUUAUCAGCUGUUUGGACUCUCAUUCUGACGGCACCCAUUCACUACAGAGCAUCCAUGGGUGAACAAGUGAUGUACUACUAAAUUUCUCCAAAUCUGAUCCCAUGGACAAAAAAAAAAAACUCAUUUACAUCUUGGAUGGCCUGAGGGUGAAGACAUUUUCAGAUCAUUUUCAUUUUUGGGUGAACUAUUUCUUUAAAAUAUGGCCAUUACAGAAUCAAAGCCACAGUAACAUUAACGGUUUUAAGACAUUAUUUUAAACCAUGGAGCAGUGUUGUUGUGCAUAUUGUAUUGUGUAAUAUAAGGCCUAAAGGGUUGCUGUGGAUAUAUGCGCAGGCAGAAUGCAUUUAGGGCGGCAUUAUUUGUGUGGAUUUUUCAUUGCAUUAGUAGCCUAUUAAAUAUGCAAAAAGUAUAGUGAUUUCAGCCAAAGUCAGGUACAAUGCAAGACCAUUGCCCUAGAUCAAACUGAGGUUAAAGUAAUCUCUAGUGUUAGAACAUGUGAGCUUUCUGUUACUAGUCCAUAGUCUAUAACCACUAGGCGAUCACAAUCUUGUAUGCAAUGAGCAGUAUGUCAAUGAGCAUUUGAAUAUAUAAAUGAGUAAUAACAGAGAUGGGAUGGAUUUUUGUCACAGUAACUUGACUCCAGGCAAAAACAAUUUUUAAUUUUAGUAUAUACAUACAGUCAGUUGUGUGUGUGUGUGUGUGUGUGUGUGUGUGUGUUGCUUGUGCGCGGGUGUGUUUCAUGUCUGAGAGUUUAUGUAUAUUAUGUAUAUUAUCACAUACCUUUAGACAGGUAGCAGAUACUCUUUAGAAGAAUAAAAAGAUGCUUUUAUAUAUAAAACAGGAAACAUAGCUAUUUAUCUAUGAUAAGAUACAUAUAAUUUAUUUUUUUUCUUAUAUGGAUCAGUUACUGUCUUUGAAAAAUUCAAGAUCAACUUGUUGCUAUACAUAUAUGUUGCUUUGUUGUGGAAUAAACAGUGUGUGCAGAUUUUACAACAAUUAUUAUUCAUAAUAAACAAACCUAAAACCAUA